ACAUCGACAUUUUUUUCAAACCUCAACGUCACCUCCAUCAUUAACAGCCACCACCCAACCUCUACUAGCAUUGAAUCCUUCAGCUACUCUCAAGCUUUGUCUCAAAAGAUUCAAUACAGUAUUACCAGUAUUUGUAUCUGGUUCUGGUGUCGAGCUAGCAACCAACCCCCUCGUAUCAGCGGCCGCUGUCUCCCUUCUAUUGAGCCACUCUACCCCGCUCAUAAUUGUACAAGUUGGACCACCUCCAUCGCCAACCAAACGAUUUGUGUAAGGAAAGACCACUGUAGCAACCUCGUCUUUAUGUGUGAGGAAAAACAGUACCAGUCAUGA